UAAUGUUUACGUUUAUAAUAAGAUAUUAAUUAUAUGAUAAAGACAAGAGAUAUCAUCACUGAUGAUUGUAAUGAUAGGGCCGCAGUUAACAUGUAUCUCCUCUCAACGUGUUUGCUAUAAAUCGCGACAGAAAGAAUAUUCAUUUCGAUUUCACAAAAUGUUGUACGAGGACUAUGUGCGCGAUCCGUCGUUCGUGAAACCAGACCUGGUCGUAGCAUUUAACGUGGAUGUUCAGAUCUAUAAACUGCAAAUUGGGUUCUUUGAAGAAACGUGGUCGGAGUUCAUACGGCUAUUGGCGAAUCAAAAUUGUCCGUUCAUUUUAACAUGUUACACACGACUGUACUUAGAAAGCGAGAUUAAAAGAAUCGAUACCAUCCUGGAUAGGAAGGUAGAGUAUUUGUAUUGCGGAAAGAAUCCAUUUGCUAGUCUAAUAUCGCACAGAGACGUUGGAUCGGAGAAAGUGAUUUAUGCUAAUCAGUAUAUAAUUGUAUACAGAGGUUCUCUGUUCGUCACUAAUUGUAAGCGUUAUGCGAUCUACACCAAAUUGCAAAAGGCUUUGACGACGAAAAAAAGGCGCACAUAAUGAGGAACACGAUUUUAAUUAGCCUAAUUUUUAAUAGACGCAACGGAAUACGUAAAGAAAAUUUUUACGAACAAUUACUGUAAAGCGCGACGUGUUGUUUAUUAAACAAAAAGAAAGAGAUAAUUUCCCAUUCCACGGGAAGCUUGCAUGUUUGUAAUCUAAAAAUUCUAAGGACCAUUUUCUAUUCUCCUAAUGUCGAUUAUACUGUAUCACUCGAGCAUCAUGAGUUUUAAAUAUAACAGCUGACACUUGGAUACAGGAAUUUGAAUAAUACAACUCUGUAAUAAUGAUAAGACUUUUCAUCGCUUGAUUGUAACAAAGUUUUAUAUUUUUUUAAUAAAUAUGUUGUGAAUGUGCGAAAUGGUAAUUAUGUCUUUCUCUAUAAUCGUUAUAAUCUCUGAAAUCUCUGAUGUCACAAGUGUAAGAACUGCCUGUCACAGUCGAAGACGAAAAUUGUGUCAGUGAUUGAGUAAUUCAGAUAAUACAGUCUCUCCGCCGCUGUUGACGUAAGUACCUUUACUAGGAGCGCGUAUUCUGGCGAAAUUAUUAACAUGAUCCAUAACAACGCAUAUAUGUGCUAGGAUUAACAAAAUUCAAUAAUUAUUUUUCUAGAAAAUGCCUCUUUAACGAGAACUUACAUGUCGUUCAUUAGGAGCGGUUAAGUUACAGGCGAAAGCGUAUUUACAAGUUUAAUAAUUCGAAGUACACUAAAUUUAUUGCAGGCUUUAGUCUGACGCGGACACCAGGGCUAAGCAGGUAAAGCUUUGUGUUGGAAUAUUAUCAUAUCGCGAUAACCAAAUGGUGCGCGUGAUAAACGAUUGAGGAAGAGAUUGGAAACGGGGACGCGUCGUCCCGCCAGGUACACC